AUGGACCACUCUCCCCACGAAUUAAGCGCCGAAGAGAAGAGGAACGAGGACGAGCUGAACAAUAUCUUCUUCAAGCUGCAGAACUACACCAACAUAAUAGCGUACGAAAAGGACGAGAAAGAAAUCGAUCUACUCCUGAAGUACAUCGAUGAUGACGAGUACAUAAUUGUGAAUCUGAGUAUAUCGCCGAUUCUCAGGGAUCGGUUCGUGAAAACGUACGCUGUGAAGAAGUUACCCAUCCUUAUCAGCUAUUCGACCAACAUCUACAACGACGAGAAACUGAGCGCGUGCCUAGAGGAGAGGAAGGUGAAUGAGGACUCGUUUAUUGACCAUAAGAUUGACAGGAUGGUGGGUGAGAAGAAGGUGAUGAUAUUCAUUAAGGGAUCACCGGACAAGCCGGAGUGCAAGUUCACGAAGGAGCUGAUUUCGCAGUUUGAUGAGCUACAGCUCAAGAACGGCAAGGACUAUUCCUACUUUAAUAUAAAAAUGGACAAUAAGGUGAGGAACAGGCUGAAGAAGAGGAACAAUUGGCCAACAUUUCCACAGAUUUACAUAGACAGGCUGUUUGUCGGUGGGCUGGACACCUUCAAGAAAAUGAAGGAGAAAAAGAUCGUGCAGAAAAUGCUGUUUCCUGGCGAUAAAGAAGAAAUAGAUUAAACAUCAUUUUACAAUUAAUGUUCCAGGAGUGUCGGGUGCCAUUAAUUUAGCGUGUCUUUCGUGAAGAGAAGGCUUUCUGGAACGGCACUCGAUCGCAAGCGCUGCUGUUUGUAAACGAC